AUGGUCGCGAUACCAAGCAAAACGCCGCGCCAGUCGCUUACCGUGGUGGACAAUAGGACUGGCAAGGCAUAUGAGCUGCCCAUCAAGCACAACUCGGUCCUUGCCACCGAUAUCAAGAAGAUCAAGGCAGAAGGCGGUCGCAAGGAGGAUGAAACCGAGCAGGGGCUUCGUGUGUUCGACCCUGCCUACAUGAACACCGCCGUCAUUGAGAGCCGCAUCACCUACAUCAACGGCCUCGAAGGCGUUCUCAGAUAUCGGGGUUACCCAAUUCAGCAGUUGGUUGACAAGAGCAACUUUCUUGAAAGUGCGUACUUGUUGAUCUAUGGCGAGCUGCCCACAAAACCUCGCUACGACAGCUGGAACGAAGAGAUCAUGAAUCAUACGUAUAUCCACAGUGAUAUCGAAAACAUCUUCAAGUCAUUCCGCUACGACUCGCACCCGAUGGCUAUGCUUACAUCGGCUUUUGCUACUCUGGGUGCUUUUGCCCCCGAGGCAAACCCUUCGCUGGCCGGUCAGAAGCUGUUUACAAAUGCUGCCUCUGGGGACUUGGAGGCUCUGAAGGUUUUGGAUAAGCAGAUACUGCGAAUCAUUGGGAAAGCCCCGACGCUUGCUGCAGCAUCCUACAGAAUGCGGCAAGGUCGGCCUUUCAACCGACCUGCAAAGGGUCUGUCGUACACCGGCAACUUCCUGUAUUUGCUUGAUCACCUUUCGGGACACGAGUACCAGCCUCAUCCCGUGCUUGAAAGGGCGCUGGAUGCCCUGUUCAUCAUCCACGCCGAUCAUGAGGUGAACUGCUCCACCGCCACCGUACUUCAGGUCGGAAGCUCUCUUGUCGACCCUUAUAGCGUCGUGUCGGCAGGCUGUGCUGCAUUGUACGGCCCGUCUCACGGAGGAGCCUCAGAAAGUGCUAUUCGAAUGCUGAUCGAGAUCGGGUCACCCGAAAAUGUUCCGGCUUUCAUGGAAAAGGUCGAAAAGCGGGAGCGUGUUCUCGUUGGGUUUGGCCACAGAGUAUACAAGAAUGUCGACCCACGCUCAACUGCAAUUCGUACAUUGGCUGAGGAAGUUUUCAAGGUCACUGGUAGGAAUCAAUUGCUCGACACUGCUCUGACACUGGCAGAGUACGCCAGGAAGAGCGAGUUCAUGCGCAGCCGAAACCUGUACCCGAACGUUGAUUUCUACUCAGGUUUGAUUUACCAGGCAAUGGGCUUCCCGCUGGACUUCUACCCAGUUCUGUUCGCUGUGCCUCGAUGCGUGGGGUGGCUCGCUCACUGGAGACAGAUGAUCCUAAACCCGGCAGGCGUGAAGAUCUGGAGACCCAGACAGCUGUACCUGGGCGAGGGCGAACGAAGCUAUGUCAACAGCGACGACAGGAAGGAUUUAGACACUUCUGUCUUCGGCGCUCCUGUACAGGUAAACCAUGGAGGAGACAGCAAGAGGCACACCUUGGCUACAUACAAGGACGAGACUGGCCGCGUUUGGGGGAAGAGUAAGCUGUGA